GGAGGCACCAUGGGCUGCGGGGCGUCGCUGGGGGCCUGGGCGCUGCUGUUCGCCUUGCAUCUGGUGCUAGUGGGGCAGCCCGUGAAUGCGGCUGGCUGGAAGUGCAACACCAUCUAUAAGGGUUUUGCAGAGUGCCUGGUUAGCCUUGGAGACAGCAUGGCUCAAAAUGUUCAGAAGGAUAUGGAGGAUGACACCAUCCAGGAUCAAGAGGAGUUGAACACCAUCUGUCGGUCCUGGGAUGACUUCCACGCCUGUGCCACCAAGGUUUUGUCCAAUUGCCCUGAAGAGGCAGCCAACAUCUGGGAGUCCCUUCGGCAAGAGUCCCGAAAGAUCCAGUUCCAAGGCAAUCUUCAUGACCUGUGCAGCUCACGGGCCCAGCUGGCUGGUGAUGGGAAGGCUUUACGUGUAGAUGAGACCAAUCAAGAGACAUUGAGGGGGGCAGCUUCCCUUCUCUGGCCCAGCCUCAUGGGUAGAUUGACUCUCGUAGCUCUCAUAGCUCUGGCACCCUUUGCUUAAGUGUGGGAGCAAUGGAGAAGCCCUUCCUCCUCUAUUGUCCACCAUGGUCUGGACUGGGGACCUUGUUCUGCUUCUUUCUAAGGAAUAUUGUCAAGCUUAGGGGUUGAUGGCAAUGCCUGGUGUAUCCCGAUUACAGGGCAUCUGGUCUCUUAUGUAGGAGGGUACAGGAGGCUAUGUUGCUUGCCUGCAUGGAACCUGCCUGGGUAAAAUCACAUCAGGUGUUUGUAUUUAGUCGAUUUAUUCUCUCAGCCUAUGACUCAAGGCAACACCCAAUCAAAACAACACUAGAAAAACAAAUUACACUAGAGGCAAUAUAAUAACUAAGCACAACCAAUCUGGACCGGUCCAGUAGAUCUCCUGACCCAAUGUCUGGAGCAGGGAGGAAAGGUCUUCAAAGCCUUACCAAAGGUAGGGAGGGUCAUCCAGAUCUUGGGGGAAUAUUAUUCCGCAGGGCAGGUGCAAUAACAGUGAAGCAAUGACAGCCGUAAGAUGUCAUCGCAUAAGUGAUGGGAAUUGGAGCAGGCCAACUCUGUUCAAUCUUACUGGAGAUGCCAAAAUAAUCGGAGACGGGUGCUCUCACAAAAACCAAGCUCUAUUCGGAAAAACUUAAAAGCGAUAACCAGCACCUUCAAUUUUUAUCUAGAAGCUCACUGGCAACCAAUACAGCUCACAAAGUAGACGUGUUAGUUGAGAAUAUAAGCUACAUUUGUAACAGUGUCCACUGCUGCAUUCUGGACCAGUUGUAGCUUCUAAGUGAUCUUCAAAAGCAGUACCAUGUGGGUUGCAUUACAGAAAUCCAGACAGGAGGUAGCCAAGGCAUGGCCAUGAAUAGGGCCUGCCAAGUCAGGAUGUGGUUGCAAUUGUUGCACAAAUGUACAUGCAAAAGAACCCCGAGCCAUGGCUACUACCUCCUGCUCUCUAAGCAGGAGUUGUGAGUUUGAGAGGUUCCCCAAAUCACGCAUCCUGUACAGAAGCAGAGGUGGAAAAGUCUCAAAAAUCCAUUGUCACUUCAUCACACAAAGGUUGAACCUAAAUCUGUUCCACUCCAUCCAGAACUCCCACAGCCUCCAGAUACUGAUCUAGAACCUAGAUGGCACGAAGCACAACCUUUGAAUACGCUAAAGGUGCGCCUUCUUUCCACCCACA